UUUUUUUCAGGAGAAAUGUUCGGAACAAAACGAAAAAGAGACGCAAGUCAACCUUCGACAUCGACAAGACAGAGAAUCACGCAAGAUGAGACAAGCCUUUCAGAGAAAGACAAAAUGCCUGUGUCGAUUUUCAGAACCAGAACUAUCUGGCGAGGAACAAAGACAAAAGACGUGAUCGUACCACAAGCAAACUUUCCCCGAAUAAAUCUACAUGUAGAAGAGGAAAGCAAAGGGUUGUACUUUUACAAUGACAAACUAAAAGUGGUCACAUGUGGCCGCACUCUCAAAUCCAUGAUGCCGACCCCCGUAUAUGAAGACCAACAAAGCAUAACUAUAUAUCUUGAAAAAUAUAUUAAAAAAAAUCUUAAUCUAAUUCUUAUACUAUAAAUAAACCAACAGAUAUUAACUAUAGACCUAUAUCCCAUUAUUUUUUGAAUAUUACUAUUGUUUAACCCCAUCAAACUACCAAAGAUGACAGAA